CAACGCGCGUCGGACCGCGGAGAAUCGCGCUCCCGUUGCGGAGGCCUGCACGGUUGUGUGCUACUAAGGAUCGUCGUAACCCCGCUAGGAGCGGCAGUCACUUUCUUCGCGCGCCGGCGUGGUGAGAGACUUGACUUCUUCCCCUCAGGCUCAAGUGGUGUGUGGCUGGUUGCGCGCGCGGGCCGUGGUGCUCGACGGUGUUUUUCUUGCUUCUCGUCGUCGAGUUCAUUCAGACGUUUGCCUCUCACCUGCCGCUUCGCGCAGUCGCGAUAAUUUGUGAAACGCCGUGAAGCUUGGUGGGGCACCACUGUUUUUUUGUCGGCGGUUCGUUGGUUGUCUUCGGUGUGAUUCGGACGGCAUUGACUCGGCAGGUGGCAUCACCCGUGGAUGACAAGACGGGAAGGGGACUUUCCUGACAGGAGGAGUGCUCCGGCCAGACUCAUGCUGCCGAGAUAAGCACUUCGGCAACGAGCUUGCCGACAGCAGCGGUGCCUCGAGAGAGAGACCCGGCACCUCGGGCGAUGGCGUCGCCACGGCUACAGGGUGGAAGGCAGGUCGCUGCCGGGCUGCGCCUGGCCGUGCAAUGGUUCGGAACGGCGGAUGCUGCUCUCGUGCCUGGCAUCGGGCGCGUCGGGCGCCCCGUUCGGACGGAACCAAUGGCUGCGGGUGCCGUUCAAGUACCACGACUACGAGGCCAUGACGGGAGUGCUCAUUAACGCGACGACCAUCAGGCCGGACCUGGCGUCGCUCUACUCCAUAGGACAGUCGAUACAAGGUCGAGAGCUGUGGGUUCUCCUGCUGUCGUCGCGUUCAACGAAUAACAAGCUACUUAAGCCGUCCAUGAAAUACGUAGCCAACAUGCACGGGAACGAGGUUGUGGGCAAGGAACUGAUGCUUCACCUGAUAGAGCACCUGAUCAACGGCUACGACAACGACCCGCGCAUCCGAUGGCUGCUGGACAACACCAACAUUCACAUCAUGCCCAGUAUGAACCCCGACGGCAUGUCCAUAUCCAGGGAAGGACAAUGCGCCGGCUUACGUGGGCGGUACAACAGUGCCGGCGUGGACCUGAAUCGCAACUUCCCGGACCCGAGUCACACCGUGCGAAAUGUGGAGGAGCCGGAGACGGCGGCGGUGCGCAAGUGGAUUGACACCAUCCCGUUUGUGCUCUCGGGCAACUUGCACGGAGGGGCCAUGCUUGUGCGGUACCCGUACGACGACACGUACGGACAGAACACGGUGGAGUCGAGGACGCCCGACGACGAUGUGUUCCAGCACUUGGCGCGCACCUAUUCGCUGAACCACCCGACCAUGCGCCGGUUCUCGUGCGAGCGGCAGACCUACCACGACGGCAUCGUCAACGGCGCCAAGUGGUACCCGUUCAAGGGUAGCAUGCCGGACUAUACGUACGUGCAAGCAGGCUGCAUGGAGGUCACCCUCGAGCUGUCGUGUUGCAAGUACCCUCUGUCCUAUCAGUUGCGGCGUUUCUGGAUGGACAACAUGAAGCCCUUGAUGAAGUUAAUAGAGGAAUCCCAGAGAGGUCUGCGCGGAAUAAUCACCGAUGACGAAGGAUACCCCGUGGCAAACGCCAGGCUCAUGAUCAAAGGGCGUUACAUGCCGUUCAAGACGAGCCGCAAGGGCGAGUACUGGAGGAUCUUGCUGCCUGGGACGUAUACGCUGAUGGCAUCGUCUCCACAACACAACGACAUUGAGGUACCCGUCCAGGUCGUUGAAGGCCAGACAACUGUCGUAAACAUCACGCUGGUUCGCAAGGUCCGCUCCUACCACUCAUCUGGUGUAGAGUACGAUAAAUCUGUGCAGACGUACGGUAACUUGCAGAGCAACAUCAAGCCUAACCUCGAAGAUGAAUACGAUGUCGACACAACAGACAACUCACUCUCGGCUCCGAACUUUAACAACCUUGAGCCCUUCGCUUCGCAAGGCAAGAGUGAAGAGCUCCGCGAGAAAGAGGCUCCGUCCCAAUCAAUUGCCGACUACUAUCGCGCUCUGUACCAAGCGAUACGAACUCUGUCAACCGGAGAAGCACACCACAAGCCAGGGGACGUCGACUCACACCCACACAUAAGUGGACCUUCUGAUUUCCAGGAGCUACCAUUAGAGAGACGAGCAUACACAUCCGCCGGGAGCAGUCCAGUUGGCGCCGCAACAAUUCAACGUCGCACGUCUGUCGACGACGAACCGGAGUUCCUCGAGAACACUCAACUCGAGGACCCGUUGAACUACAGCUACCCGGUAACGGCUGUUCCGAGAACGACUCCUGCUCCGACAUCCCUCCCGCCCUACCAACGACCAGGAGAGCCCAGUGAGGCCGUUGACUAUGAUGGUGCGCAAGAACGUACCAUUUCGUCUGUCUCAAACGGUGGAAAAACCGAGAACCAAGGCACCACGACGAGCGAGAAUCAUGAUGUAACGCUGAGCGAUGCGCCAAUCCGUGGUGGUGACGUGCUUGACGAUAUCGCUGCCGUUACCAGAACGGCGCCGGACAGGCCGAUUUCCAGCUCUGGGAAAUGGGUCACCGGUGGUCCUUUGGAAAUGACCCUCAGGACGGACACUAUGCAUGUCAGUGGACAAAACGGGCCAGCGAGGACUACUUCUUUCGAACCGGACCAAAACUUCACAGUGAUGUCGCGGGAUCAGCAACACCAAUCAACCACGCAGACCACAAAGCCUCCCGUGUACAGGACUCAAAUGACGGUAUCAUCGCCCGGUGUGACUCAGUACGAGCACACACCAACUGGACGUGGCACAAGGACGCCGUCUGCAAAGUAUGCCGAAAAUAUAGGCACGCACAGCACCGCACGUAGUGCUGUGAGAGACGGUCCACACGUCACAGUCGAUAAUGAUCCGCAGAGCAGGUCACAUAUAUCUAAAACCACGCGAACGACUAUAGGUACAGUCACAGCCAACGGCGAAAACAGGGCAACGGCUCAUCACCCCAAUGUCAGUGAAGGUGUGAAUUCCGCACCGGUCAGACAGGCACCAGAGCAGGCGACUUACACGCCAGGCCCGCAUAGAGGAAGUUCGCAGUCGCACCGCAUGGUCAGUAUGUCGCAUCAAGACACGUUGCCCGCUUCUAUAUUCGCCAGCGACACUACGAGGCCCGAAUCACGCUCGCCAGAUUUUGCCGUGUCCGAGUCCGAUUCGAGAUCGUCUGCGCCGGAGAUAAGUACGGCUGACAUACAAGGUCCGGUGUCUACGACGCAUUUCCCGCCUCCUCCAGAAAACCGACCAAGAGGUCAACCGGUCGCAGAAACACCAGCACAUGUGCCCGCAUCACCCUCGCCUACAGUGAUCCCGGUGACUCACGCGUCAAUAGGAGUCAGGCCUACCAAUAAGGCUCACUCGAACGAUCAGGCUGUGACUAGUAGCGUGGAAUACGAUCCGGAACAUUCGCUUUCACCCGGCAGAACAAGAUUCGCUGCCAGACCAACAGUCACUACUAGAAGGCCAUCGACGCACGAGGGAUACCAAGAACGCAAACACACUGUAAACUUGCCGACGCUAAAUUCUGCAGCCAGAGAAGGACAGGGGACACUUGCAGCUACACGUAGGCAACCUCAGAGCACCGUAAGACAGAAAACAAGUGACCCAGAGCACGAAAUUACGCCGGAGAACAAACCUGAGAGUCAUCUCCCACACGCAGAUCCACCUUCUCCUACCGUAGUAUUUGAGCGGAUGCGGCAAAGAACACAAAAUUCGACCUUUCCGACACGGACACCAACAUCUAAUUCUGACACGUCCCCAUUUUCAUGGGCAAAAGUAGGUAAAGUCUCAUACGGCACGUUUCCGCCACAUGCAGAUCCAUCAAAAGCAACUUCCGCUGAGGACUUCGACGAUGAGCCGUUUAGGAGAAUACCUAAGGUUACAACAACGCCAAAAAUCCGCCAGGAAGAUGUGAAAACACAUCCGGCUGCAGGAAUUCCUCAGACGAAGCCCGUGCAGACCACGUUGAAGUACCGCCAAACAGUCCAUACACAAAAGCCACUGACGCCAAUGCUUGCACUAGAUCCACCACAACCAACAGCACAAACUAGCGGGGCGUCUUCGUAUUACGGCACUGAGAAAAAUGUGCCCAGUUCCUUUAGCGUGCAUCACGCUCCGACCACUCAAGGCAGCGACGACCGCCAGAAGCAGCGAUCAACGUCGUUCCCCCCUACUGAAAGCAAGGGCUCUGAGCGGACUCCGGCGUCUCCAGGUACCAGGCACUUCACUCCAACGAAGAAAUAUUCGGCCGGCUCCCGACAAACGUUUGCUCCUCAACCAAUGCGGAGCAGUCAUCUUCGACGUCCACACAUUCCCCCAACGGAAGAGCCACCAAGAGGCACACACUCGUCCGACUCUACCAGCGAGCAGACCUCUCGUCACAUACCUUCGUUGCAAGACAAUAAUCAUAGUCUUGAUUCAACCAUCCCGCACAAAGGUGUGGAAAUGCAGACAUCGCAGCGACCAGGAGGAGUGUCGGAAGCGAUCACGCAUGCUAUCGAGGCAAGACCCUCACAGCCGACGUCCCCUGAGCAAGCCACGCACGAAGAUUCCCGAAAGAGUGAGAGCGAAUUGGCCCACUCACCCCCUUAUAUGCCUCAUUCUCAGCAGGAGCUUGUUGUACGAGGAAGCCUAGUGACAGCAAAAGAACAUACCGGAAAGAGCACAACAUAUACGCCAUCCACUGGGGUAGCUGGCAGCUCCAUACAAAACUCAAGCCCGACGCAGAGUUUUGUUCCCGGCACAUCAGAACGACACACGUCCCGGCGUCCGGAGCAUGCGCAAACGGAAACAGUCAAGCCUAUUAAAAGGCCUGUAGUUUACCUAACAUCAGAGGAGAACGCUGGCUAUGUCGCUCCAACUCAGGGAUCGGAUUUCACGUCACCUCAAGAUCCUCAAUCGCCUCAGCCGCGACGAACUAACAGGCCACAACGACCACAGCAUGCUCUUACGGAAGCACAGGAAAACGCACCGAGCCAAGAGCCACUGCGGACUACUUUGACGACGAGGCCGAGAACGGUUCUCCCAACAGCACAAGACUCGUCAUACACUUCGAAGCAACGUAUCACCGAAACUGCAGAGAUUUCGCAGCAAUCGUACACUACGCCUCACAGAGGACGUUAUUCUUCGUAUCAAGCUAUAAAUGCUCGUCCUUCACAAGACGCCUUGACAGAAGCCACCCACGCGGGUUCUGGACCUUCCUCUGGCUAUGACCAGGAUGCGGUCGCAGGCAGCAAGGUAUUUUCGACUCCUCCAGAAUCUGUUCCACUCACAGCUCUUGACGCAAAUGUUCAGAAAGAGUUUGCAAAUGUAAGACAAACCUCAUCAUCCGUAGAUCAAGAUAACGUCAGGGCAAUAGCAGAUAUAGACAUACCUACUGACAAGGCUGAGCCCCGGGAAACUUCGAAUUCGCGAUCUUUGCCGACUCCAGCUGUCGCAAUGGGGAGGGGAACAUUCACGUCGUACAAACCGUCACUGGCUUCCCAGCCUGCUUUAGUGACAUCUGAGCGAGGGACACCAAGGCCGGCGCCGAGAGAGCACGUCACGGUUCCUGCUAGGCCGAGAGAGCAACUCACAAGACCAAAAACUUCAAGUGAACCCCCGCAACCUUCGCAAGAAUCCUUCACUCACGAAAAAACUGGAGCAACGUUAGACGGACCGAUAACAUCUAGAGAACCUGCGCAGCUUGGAAGAAUGGUAGUGAAGGAGUUAACAGCAUCACAGGUAGCGAGUCAUCCAGAAAAGAUCUUCAAGAUUCAAGGGACUGUAACGCUGGAAAAUUCAAAUCUAAGAGAGCCAGAUACGACAACCGAUGUGCCCGGAAGUGUGACGCUUACUCCAAAACCAAGAAGUUUCGAUUACAGAUCAAGGCAGACUACGAUUGGUCAACACAGAGCGGCAGAAGUGCCAGAAAACAAUGAAAAUGAGCGUCGUAUUUUCCCAGCCAGGGCGCCGCCAAGACCGGCACUCCCAUCGACGCAAAGCCCACCUCUUUACACUGAGACUAGUGGAAACCGCCCAUAUCGGCCUACAGUACCGCCGCGGUUCUCAACAUCGAGCAUACAUAAGCCGCACAGUUCUCUUGGACCAUUACAGACAGACAGAACGCAAUCAACAUUAAAUGCAUCUCCAAAAGCCAGCGCUGUAACUCGUGGAGAAGAGCUCCAGUAUGUUGACCAAGGCACCUACAGUGUUCCGGCGGUCUCAAGACAAUUUGAGACGAACAAACAUCGCGUGCAGACUGCACCGAAAGAUUUAAUUACAACCCAAAUGCGUGGUAGUCAAAGCCCAACUCACGAGCAUCAGCAGCACGCCAGCACUUCCUACAGAGACCAUACCUAUUUUCCGAAGACCACUGAAGUUCUAACACAGACACAAGCUGCUCUCUUUCAACAAACGGCGAAGCCGGUCGCGGGUAAUCAAGAGACUGCAGCACAAGCACAUUCAACUGACUAUGGCGUAUCAACGCAAGGAACCGCACCCGCUAAUGUUGGAGCUGCGCAAGCGUUUAGGGGCGCGGCUCAGGAACAGUUUGUGCCUGCUUCUCGCACAGUUAGGCCCCCUCAAUCUCCCCAUCUUAUGUCCCAAGAACAUAGUGUUCAAAUGUCUCCUGAAGAACUGAGAACCACUCUGCUGCGCGCGAUUAACGAACCGAACACUGUAGCAUUUACGGUGACCCAGAGGCAACAAGAUCUUACAAACAGCUCUUCGGGUCCAAGACUGAGCAAUGUGUACACUUUCACGACAAAGCACGAAGUCCACAGGCCUAAAGGGGUCGCAUCGCACGUAGAAAAACCUGAAGACAUACGGCAGCAGCCCCAGAUAAGUGAUAAGCCAUCUACGACGCAAUCUACUUACGGAACAGAACGCCAGCAGCAGCAUUUUAGGAAAGCACCGGAAGAAACGCUCCAGGUUCGUCCUUCAACGACGCCAGUUUUGUUCGAAUAUGACCAUAAAACCCGAGAUUACGUCAAGGCGACGCAUCACACCACAUUUCCUGGUGGCACUCGAGGCGGGAACACCUUUCCGACACCUACAGAGCAGAGCCGAACGCUUCCAGAAAGACCUCAAAACUCAGUAGAUGUUAAUGGAGCACAGACGCCGAGUGAACCUCAGGCGGUUUCAAGAAAUACAGGACAUUCUGAGGACAUGGCGCUAGUUACAGCCCCAGCUAAGACACCCCGGAAUUUUCAUCAAGAUCCGCUUAGAGAUACAAUAUCCACACAAGCAGCUUUGUAUCAGAAACCGACAAGCAAUCCUACGGCAGCACAUCACGAACCUACAGCCCAACGUGAAGAGGAAAGGCAAAUUUUACAUGGCCAACAAGACCGUGCUACCCAACCGAAGACUCAGGGACCUGCAGACAGCCUAGGAGUGCACGUGCCUCCAAAUCAGCAUCAUACACAGACAAACCGUCCGGCGGGCCUUACUCUUGAAGAUUUUACGCCUGAACAAUUGCGCAGGGCCAUCACUCUGCUUCUAAAAACAUCUUCAUUUGAGAACCCUGACGACGCCAGUCGUGAGAGUUCGGCACCACCACAGGAAGGCAAGGCGACUCCACCUCACGGCACUCGAGCGGAAAUUGGCAGCAAUCCUAACGUGAGCUUACUUCGCCAAGGACAUACUACUGCUGAGAUACCGAAAACUGUCACUCACGCUUCUGGCUCCGGCAGUUUGUCACACACUCAUUCGUUAUCUCAACAGCAAUUAAGCGCAUCGCUCAUAGAUGGCACACGUAAUCACCAGCAUGGAGCGCGUCAUCCAAAUACCGCGUCUCACAUUGAAAGCGGUGGCUCCGCGCCUACGAUAGAGCCUGUGCAUUCGCAAGACACAUCGCCUCCUGUGCCAAGCCAACCACCUCAGCAGCAUGCUUUCCCCGAAUCGCUCAUGGCCUACCAUGACAGCCAGGAGUUUCAUACUGUGCCACCUCAGCUUGGAAGUCCGCAGGAGUUCAGGACGACAACUUCAGCUGAAACGUCCACCGAGUUGCCCCAUGGUGACGGCAAGCCUCUCGAUUUCUCAACAGGCCGGACAUUCGGAGGAAGUUACUCAUGUAAAGAAUUUCGCAAGUCGUCCGGCUUCCAGGUUUCCUUCGGACGUUUCGAGCGGCUUUUCUGAGCU